GUCAAGAUUCGUUUAGACGUAGGUGUGUCAGCAGUACGGCAAAUGGGAAAUGAAUGGAGGCAGAUUUGACUUUGACGACGGCGGAACCUAUGUAGGAGGAUGGGAAGAAGGAAAAGCACAUGGUCAUGGUGUAUGUACUGGUCCACAGGCAAAAGGUGAAUACGCUGGAGCAUGGCAUUACGGAUUCGAAGUCUCUGGAGUUUAUACAUGGCCGUCCGGUAACACCUAUCAAGGGCAAUGGCAGAAUGGAAAACGGCAUGGACUUGGAAUUGAGCAGAGGGGCAGGUGGUUGUAUAAAGGAGAAUGGACACAAGGUUACAAGGGGCGGUACGGAGUCCGACAAUCAGCGAAUUCGCAGGCCAGGUAUCAGGGCACCUGGUCGGCUGGAUUUCACGAUGGAUAUGGAACUGAAAUUUAUGUGGAUUCCGGAAGCUAUCAAGGACAAUGGCUUCGUGGUAUGAGACAUGGAUAUGGUAUACGAAAAAGUACAACUUAUGAGAAAGCGGCAAAAUUUCGAUCAAAAUCUCAAACUCAUGCUUCACUGACAAGUCUGAGGAGUGGAAGGGUUGAAGAGGAAAAUGCAGCAGAGGAACAUAGGCAUAAAGAAGGCCUUUCUGGUAGAGGAGGUUUCGUUCUUCGUGCCAACUCUUCAGCCCCACAACGAAGAAGAAGAUCCCUCUCGGAACGAAGUCUCGCUGUAAAACGAACCCUACUUUCCGGACUUCGAAUCAAAAAACAACAUUCAACAGGUGAUAUUCAUCAAAGAGUUGCAUCAAUGACCGGAAGUCUACGAUCAAGUGGUUCAACAAUGAGUUGUACUUCUGAAGAUUCACUUCAUCAUCACGGACUGCAACAGCCUGAAGAAGAAGCCGUUGAAGAGAGCUCUAUUGAAACAUACAUGGGAGAGUGGAAGAACGACAUGCGUAGUGGUUUUGGAGUGUGUGAAAGAAGUGAUGGAUUGAAAUAUCAAGGAGAAUGGGCAAAUAACGCCAAAUGUGGUUAUGGAGUGACUACCUUUAAAGAUGGAACAAAAGAAGAGGGAAGAUACAAAAAUAAUAUUCUUAUUGCAUCAUCUCGAAGGAAAGGCGUCAUUUUCAUGCGUGCUUCAAAGUUUCGGGAAAAGCUCGAGCAAGCUCUUGGAGCAGCCUCUCGAGCUGCAAGUAUUGCACAACAGAAGGCUGACAUUGCUGCUAGUCGAACAUCAACGGCAAGAGAAAGAAGUGAACAAGCCUCGUUCAUUGCCAGACAAGCCAAUGACGACUCGGAAGUUGCAAGAAUCCACGCCAAACAGUUCGAUCCAAGUUUUAAACAACCUGGAACCAGACGUCUUCUGAAGGAUAAUAACGGUGGAGAAUCUUUCGGAACUGAUCUUUCCGAUGCAAUCUCGUAUUCAAGGCAUCUAUCACAGACUCAUAGCAAACAACAUUCUUUUGAACAGACGCUUUCGGUUGAUAUGGCUGAAGACAUGACACCUCCAUCAAAAGCGUAUCACAAUCAUGUGAUGCCGAAUUCCAACACAAAUCAUGUGAAUUUCAUGCCUCAAUAUGGUUACUCGGAUCCAAAUUCGCAACUUCAAACACCAAUCAAUUCACAAGAUCUCCUUCAACCACACAUUCCAAAUAUUGAUCCAUCGAUUCCAUCGGUGUCUAUUGUUCAAGAUGAUGAAAAACCUUUGAUUCUUCAACCUCAGACUAACAUCAGUCAACCUGGACCAUCAAAUCUGAGCACACAGGCUCCGAAUGUGAUGUCUUCGAGAUUCUCAUUGAGUGACGAUCAUUACGAUCAAUAUGUGAUGGCUGGUGGUGCUCAGCAACAGCAGAAGCUCCGACGCAAUCGCCCAUCCCUCAUGAGACAGGCGGAUGUCAACGAGUCUUGUGCGGCAAGCGGGCUCAAUCGAAGGUCGACUCUUGCCUCGGCACGAGAUCGAAACGGUGAUGUUAACCAUCCGGGGGCCAUUGGAGCCACGCAUGCGGCAAAGUUAACAGCAGCCACAUCUGAUGGUGAUAAUAUGGGUAGUCUUCCCAAUUUGGCCGAACUUGAAACUCAAGGGGUGCGAUUACGAAGAGAAGAAGCCGCCCGUCUUGCUGGUCAACGUCGUCAAGAAGUUCUACGCGAGAAUGAGGAGGCUGCUCUUCUGAGAGCAAAUCCAUUGCGGCACUUUUUACAACCAGCUUUUAGAGCAUGGCUGGUCCGAUGGCGUAUUCCAAUUCUUCUGGCAAUUGCGAACAUCUCACUUUUAAUGCUCUUUUAUCAUUUGCUCACUUACGAGAAGAAGAAGAAGUCUUCUUCGUAGGCAACUAACACUUCACGCUCAACUUUAUUGUUAUUCGGGGUAUAUGUUCUCAAUUAUAGAAUUAUUAAAUUGAUGUUUGGAAAAACUCGAAAAAAAACUGUUCAAAAAAUAAGAAAAAUUGUUUCAAACAAAAAACUUCUCAAAAAAAAGUGUAUUGUUUCAAAUAUUAUCGUUCUCUAAAAAUUGUGUCAACCCCGUGUAGAUUUACGCAGCUCGUGUAACCCUCUUAUUUUAGUCUAAUAUUUGUAUCUUAUUAUAGUGUAUCAAAUAAUGAUCGUUGUAUCAAAAAUACAGACACACUUCUCCUCAGGGAGUUCACGAAAUGAAUCAAUCGACACAACACGGCAGUGUAAGAAUCGAUAAUAUUUGAAUACAAAACACAAAACCAACUCACUUUUCUUUCCCUUUCUUUCUUUCUUUCGACGAAUAAUUUUGAGCGGGAUUAUGUGGUUAUUUUAGAUUUUAAUUGAUUUCAUUAUACUUUGAUAAAUCAUAAAAUCUAUUUGUUGUCACAACUUUUACUUGGUGCUCUUCUAUUUUUGCAAUUCUGCCCCAUUAAAUCUUUCCAUUUUUCGAACGAUAUAGUGUCUUUUUAUGUUUUUUUUCUUGCUCCUCUCUCCAAUAUUUACAUAUAUUAUGUACCAUUUUUCCCAAUUGACGGUCAAUGAGAGACAAUCAAACUUUUUCAGUUGGAAGUCCUGAGCCAACUAAAAAUGCUCGUUUGUUUCCCUUUUUAAUUUAAAUAAAUAUA